UGAAGUUGGUGGUAUUUACUGAAUUGAUCUAAAUGGGGACAAGGGAAGAAAGCACACCUUCUAAGCCUUCCAAACCAGCAUCUUCAAAUCAGGAAAUACCCGCAACGCCUUCAUAUCCUGAUUGGUCAAAUUCUAUGCAGGCUGAUUAUGGUGCUGGAGCUACCCCACCACCCUUUUUUGCCUCAACAGUUGCCUCACCAACACCUCAUCCCUAUAUUUGGGGAAGCCAGCAUCCUUUAAUCCCACCUUAUGGAACCCCGGUUCCAUACCCAGCUUUAUAUCCUGCGGGGGGAGUGUAUGCCCAUCCAAACAUGGCCCCGACACCAAAUUCAGCACCGGCAAAUACAGAGUUGGAAGGAAAGGUCCCUGAUGGAAAGGACCGUACUUCAGCUAAAAAAGCUAAGGGAACUUCAGGAGGAAAAGCUGGAGAGAGUGAAAAGGCUAUUUCGGAUUCAGGAAAUGAUGGUGCCUCCCAAAGUGCUGAAAGUGAUACAGAUGGCUCAUCUGAUGCCAGUGAUGAGAAUACUAACCAGCAGGAAAAUGCUGCAAACAAGAAAGGAAGCUUCAACCAGAUGCUUGCAGAUGCCAAUGCACAAAGUACCUCAGCUAGAUCAAAUAUCCAAACUUCUGUGCCUGGGAAGCCUGUGGUGUCUAUGCCCGCAACUAAUCUAAACAUUGGGAUGGACUUAUGGAAUGCAUCUCCAGCUGCUUCUGGAGCUACAAAAAUGAGACCAAAUCCAUCUGGUGCCUCAUCCGGUGUUGUUCCUGCUGGAAUGCCUGAACAGUGGAUUCAAGAUGAACGUGAAUUGAAAAGACAGAAGAGGAAACAAUCAAAUAGAGAGUCAGCCAGAAGGUCAAGGUUACGUAAACAGGCAGAGUGUGAAGAGCUACAAGUCAGGGUAGAGAAUUUGAGCAAUGACAAUUGCAAUCUUAGAGAUGAAUUGCAGAGCCUCUCCGAAGAAUGCAACAAGCUGAAAUCCGAAAAUGAUUUCAUUAAGGAGGAGUUGACUCGGUUGUAUGGACCAGAAGCAGUAGCUAACCUUGAACAAACCAACCCCAUUUCAGAUCCAAAGUCUCACGGUGGUGAGGGAGAUAGUUAACAGUAAAGACUGAGGCAUGAAUUGGCAUCCGGAAGAGUACUUUCUCGAACUCCUCCCGGAUAUCAUGAUUACCAUUAGUCGAGUAGAGAACCUUUGGUUUUAAUGACUGAUCCAUACCCUUAACCCUUCAGCUGUAACGGCAAAAUUUGCUUAUAAAAUCUUAACUGGAGCUAGAAACCUCAAUGAUUCCAUGCGCGUUAUUGUAUUAUUAAUUUAAUCAACUUCGUUGGCUGAAAAGGAACCUUUCUCCCAUUUCUUGAGAGGGACUCUCUAACGUUAGCUUA